CAAACCGGUUGCACAUGACUCGGACUCUACACGCAUUCCUUUGCGAGACCGAAACCAAGCAAUGUGGCUAGCCACAGAUGCAUCCGACCUCCGAACACCGGCUGCAUUUCAGACAUUACCAACUGGACUACUAGCAGCAAGCGAACGGUUCGCGCGCGCACGCCGUCCACUACUGUAGCAGCCGUACGCUGUUGGCCGCUGACGUAAUCGUCGCGAGGAAGUCGGCGGCGCCUGAGUGGGGAAGGCGAAGAAUUCCAGGCUCAACCGGGCCCCCGGAACCCUCUCCGCCCACCCUCUCACCGGUUCCUUCCCAGUGUGGGUCAAGUCAUGGAGGCGGAAAACCGGUUUAGUGCGUUGACUGGCGGCAAGUGGAAGCCUUGGGAACUGCCGCCCUUCUGCAGAGCUCGGCGCAUAGGCUGUUCCGAGCCGCGUCGCAGUUUCCGCGUUCACCUUACACUUGGUGGAAGGAAGAGGACCAACAGGUGAGAAGGGCGGAAAAGCAACAGUAUACUUCGCCCGUUCGGCGCGUCAACCCGCGUUGAGGACGUCGCCGCCAAGAAGGUGUCUCCCACGCCGCAUUCAUCGAUCGUGGCUGCUGUGCGAGUCUCGGCUGCUCGCCGUACACUUUCGCGGCUGAUUGCAUUGAAGGUCAUGUUUUCAAGAAUGGCAGCGUCUUGAGCCUGGCCGGAAGAUCAGUGCGUUAUGCUGGUCCUGCUCAUCGGUGCUUGUGCUGGUCAGUGAAUGCGUGUGAUUAUUUGCACCGCUCCUGGAUAUUGCCUGGUUGUCACCCCUCAGUGAAAUACUCGAUGGCAUAAAGAAGUGCCGAUUGAUAUGAGGUGAUGGUUCGAAUGAAAGGACGUAGCAGUAGGAGAGUUUUGUAACGACAGCAUGACUGAAGAAACGACAUUUGUCCCACAUCUGAUAUGGAGGUGGUUGACCAUAAUUUUGUUUAUAGUAUUUUCAGGCAAGUGCCAAGGUCAGGCAAAUGCCCCUCCAGAAUUUCUAGUCGGUGGAAACAUGGAAAAGUUUUCGUUGCGGGAGGACACUCCAGUCGGUGCAUCUGUCUAUACACUGAGGGCCAUAGAUCCAGAACACACUAAAGUUUCCUACUAUAUCAGUGGAGGAACCUUUAGCGUAAAUAAAGAUACAGGAGUUGUGCGGCUUACAAGGCCACUGGACAGAGAAGAGGAAAGCACUUUUGAUAUCAUUGUAAGCGUCACUGAUGAAAAGAUACAAGGCCAGAAGGCCAACACGGUUUCACUACAAAGGGAGAUAAACAUUCUUGACUACAAUGACAACCCUCCAGUGUUUGAAAAUGGACCUUAUACAUUUCAUGUUGAUGAGGAUACUCAAGUUGGAACAACAAUUUACCGAAAUGUUAUUGUAACGGAUGCUGACUUGGGAAUCAAUGCUGAUGUUGAGGUUUCAUGCCAGGAACACCUGACACCAGUGACAUGUAAUCUAUUUGGUUUGCACCAAGUUCGCCUUGGCAUGGGACGAUUUCUUCAAGAAAUCAUUUUGAAGAAAUCCCUUGAUUAUGAAGAGCAGACGACCUAUGUUAUGAGUCUACUUGCAAAUGACCUUGCAAUGGAAAAUCGAAUGAAUUCAACAGCUGACGUUAUUAUCAAAGUGAAUGAUGUCCAGGACCAGCCACCACUGUUUGUGGCAGAUUCAUACUCUGUAACUGUAGCUGAAAAUAGCCCUGAGGGCACCUCAGUUCUCUUGGCCUCGGCCCAUGAUGCAGAUGCUGGAUUUAGAAGGCUUUUGUAUUUCAAGUUGGUUAAUGAUACCAAGGGAUACUUCAGGUUAGGGAAAGUGGACGUUGAUGACAAUGGCAUUCACCAUGUUGUGGUGGAGACUUCUAAUGUGACAAUCGACCGGGAAGAUGCCGACAUUGAAAAAAGUGGUGGACUCUACAGCUUUCAGUUGCAGGCAGUUGAAAUGGUUGAUGGUGUUCCAAAGGGUGAAAUGGCCAUGUCGGAUGUCAACAUUGUCAUCACAGAUACUGAUGAUCAUUUGCCUGAGUUCAACAGCCACAACUUCAGUGUCAUCAUAUCUGAGGACACACCAGAAAGCUCUGCCAUCCCAGGCCUUGACAUGGUUGUCAAUGAUAAUGACGUUGGUGAAAAUGCAAGAUUUGGCCUGACCCUGCGAAAUGUCAGCAACUCCGAUGGAGUCUUCUCUGUGUACCCACCAUCAGCAGUCGGUCGCACUCCUGUGCUCAUCAAAGUUGCUGAUGCUAGCCGGCUUGAUUAUGAAGAUGAAAAUGCCCGCAUGUUUGUGUUUGAGGUUGUUGCAUCACAGCAUGGAUUUGAAGUUGCAAGUGCCACUGUUACUGUAGCUCUAUCUGAUGCCAAUGAUAAUGGGCCCAUGUUUGAGAAUGAGCAAUACCUGAUACAGGUACCUGAGAGUGCAAGAAAUGGCAUGACCAUUUUCUCUCUUGAGGCGUAUGAUGCUGACAGUGGACCGUUUGGGAAACUUUCAUACUCUAUGAAAGGCUACGGAUCAGAAAAGUUCAUGGUAGAAAAAGAUAGCGGACGUAUCAAGAUUGCCUCCUGCAAAAAUGGCUGCCUUGAUUAUGAGAGUGUUCCAAACUACUCCUUCACAUAUGAGGCACAAGAUGGAGGUGGCAAGGUGUCCUCUGUGAACCUCUUUAUACAAGUUGUGGACGUAAAUGACAAUGCACCCAAGUUCACCAAGGACAGCUAUCUUGUAGACUUGGUGGAGGAUGCUACUGAGUUCGCCUCGCCUGUCUUUGUUAAGGCCACAGAUGCUGAUGGACCUGAUCAAGGCAAUGGUCGUGUGCAGUAUAUGAUCAAAGCCACUAACCUCACUCACCCAGAAGUGAUUUCUAUUCAUGCUGAGACUGGUGAGCUCUCACUCUUGGGAAGCCUGAACAUCACUGCAGCUCCAUACGGUGCCACACGAUUUGAAGUUAUCAUUCAAGCCACUGACUUUGGUGAACCACGACGUGCAUCAGAAAUUCCACUCAUUAUUCGACUGAAGAGGAAAAAUGAAGGUGCCCCUUACUUUUUGAAUGCUCCUUACAAAGCUAGUGUCAACGAAAAUGCUAAACCAGGAACUUCUGUUAUCCAGUUAGUGGCCACUGACCCUGAUGGCCCAGAUGGCAACAUCAGCUACUACAUUGAUUCUGGUGCCAGGGACAACUUUGUUCUAAACAAACUGACUGGAAUCCUCAGUACAUCAACGAAUGCAAACUUGGACAGGGAGUUGAAUGGAGACUCAUACCACAUUGUGGUGUAUGCUGUUGAUGGAGGUGUGGUACCACAGAAAGCCUUUACAACAGUGACGCUCUCUGUGCAAGACGUGAACAACAAGCCACCUGUUUUUGCAAAGGACAGUUAUGUGCAUUGGGUUACUGAAAGUCUACCAGUUGGACGUGAGGUCUUGAAUGUGACUGCUGUUGAUCCCGAUGUUGGGGCUAAGGUGCGUUAUGACAUUGAAGAACCUAUCAUAGCAAGGGACAAGACUGGUUCCUUAGUCACUUCAACCAUCACAUAUAACUAUAAGAAUGCUUUUCGCAUAAAUGGAGUGACUGGCCAAAUUACAGUAAACAGCCCUUUGGAUUACAAUGCAGCUUCAGUAAUUACAUUUAAUGUGGCUGCUGUUGAUCAAAAUGGUGCCAUUCAGCCCCAGAAAACUGCAGUGGAGGUCACUGUAUACAUUCAAGCACACAGUGAGAGCAAUCCAAUUUUUGCCCCUCCAUGGACUCCUGCGAACCCAAAAAUUGAGAUCACUGUUCCUGAAGAAUCUACAGUUGGCUCCACUAUAUUCACAGUCACAGCCCGUGAUCCCCUCACCCAUGCUGCUGUUGCCAAUUUUGCAAAGAUCCCGGAGUCUGACCAAGGAAGCUUCUUUUCAGUCAGCCCAAUAUCUGGUGCAGUGACGCUCAACCAGAGGCUCGAUUAUGAGGAGUUGCCUGAAAAGGUGUUGGCAUUUGAUGUGAAAGCCAUCAUUGGUCUCGACAAAAACAACCAAAAGUCAUCGAUUGCUACAGUGAUAAUUAACGUUCAGGACAUUAAUGACAACAGUCCAGUUUUCUCACAAAAUUCAUAUGUAACAAUGGUAUCAGAAGCCACACGCUACCCUCAUACUAUCCUGCUUAUCACGGCAACUGACAAGGACACACAACAAGGGUAUGGAGUUGUCCAAUAUUUCAUCUCUGGAGAAGGAUCAGAUGUGUUCAGCAUCAAUGAGACAACAGGUGCCCUUGGAAUCCAGGAAGGUGCAGUUCUUGACAGGGAGAAGCAGCCACUGUACAACCUGCAGGUGACUGCUGUUGACAACCCAGGGGCACCCUCAAACCAGCGCAGAACAUCAGUUCUGGUGGUGAUUAAGAUCCAAGAUGAAAACGACAAUGCACCAGAGUUUAGUCAGUCUGGCUACACAGCUGUUGUGCCAGAAAAUGUUCCAACAGGCUUCAGUAUUCUGACUGUGAGAGCAAGUGACAAAGACGCUGGUUCCAAUGCGGAAGUCAGUUAUUCCUUUGUGGAUGAGCCUGAAGUGGGAGCCAUCACACUUUUUGCAAUCAAUGACAAGACAGGUGUCAUUACAGUGAUACAGCCACUCUCUGGGAGGGGACGGUCGGAGCCAUACUUCUUGACAGUGCGAGCUACAGACGCUGGCUCCCCCUCACUUUACACAGAUGUCAAAAUACUCAUCAUUAUAGGAGAUGUGUCCUCCAAUGAUGGCAUACCACGGUUUAUUCGACCACGGAUGGGUGAAGUUGCUUAUGUGCAUGAGAAUGUUACCAUUGGAGCUUCAGUGUUCCAAGUUCAGGCUGUAGACCCAGACAGCGCAUUGUCUUCAAAUGGCCAGGUGGCAUACAAGUUUCUUGACAAACACAGUGCUGUUGGUGAAGACUUAGAAUUUGAAAUAGACCCUGCAUCUGGCCUCGUGAGCACCACUGCUGUCUUGGAUCGAGAGAAGCGUGACAAUUACACGCUAGUGGUUGUGGCUUAUGACAUGGGAGUUCCUCCACAAGAGGCACACCAGAUCCUUAGAGUUGUGGUGCUUGACGUUGAUGACAAUGAGCCUGAGUUUGAAAGGUCACGUGAUGCUGAACCUGUUGUGAUGAAAAUAAAGGAGGAAGUUCCCAUUGGUACUAUUAUUGGAAAAGUGAAAGCCUUUGAUGCAGACAUUGGAACAAAUGCCUUUAUUGACUACUACAUCGUAGGUGGUAACAUGGACAACGUCUUUACCAUUCAGCGCACAGGCAACAAUGAGGGCGAGAUAUUGAAUAAGAAGAGAGUUGAUCGUGAGCAAAAAGACCGGUACCUCCUUACAGUGCAGGUUAGCAUGCCAUCAAAGCGACUUGAAGAAGUCGACGCCACUUACAAUCCCGAUGACAAGACCCAGCUCAUGGUUGAUGUGAGGGUCGAAGACAUUGAUGAUAACUCACCUUCAUUUGAAAAGCCUUCCUAUGUGCUUGGUAUAAGAAUCAAUUCUGAGAUUAACAGUGAGCUAAUCACACUGAAAGCAAAGGACCCAGACAGCUCAUCAAACAUGAUCAUGUACUCUAUUCGAAAUGUUACAUACUACAGACCAUCAUCAAAGGAAUCAAUGCCUGUGAUGGGUCAGUUUGAGCUUGAUGCUCACAAAGGCACCCUUAGAAACAUUCGAAGCUUGGGGAAAUACAGAGAUGGAUAUUUUGAUAUAACCAUUGAGUGCCAAAGUGCCCCUGGACCCCAGAAUACUGCUGUCACACAUGUGCGGGUUCACAUACUUCAUGAUUCUGAUCUGAUGAAGUUUAUCUUCUAUAAGCAGCCACAAGAAAUUCGCAAAGUCAUUCCACAGUUUGAAAAGGAUUUAAACCACGCUCUUGCCAGUGCUGUGACUGCCAACAUAUACGACACUCAAUAUUCAACGCGAGAGGAUGGAAGCCUGGACUUUGAAAGUGCUAGCUCUUGCUUCCAGUUGCUUGAAAAUGGGCUAGUGGUGAGCCCCGACAUUGUAGCCAAAAUGUUGGACAUGUCAGCAUCGCAGAAGGUUCAGGCACUCUACCACAACUACAGCAUUGUGGGAAUUGAGAAGUGUACACCAGGAAGAAACCCCUACCAGAUGAAGUGGACCGAAAUAUGUGUGCUGAUUGUAGCCUGUCUCAUUGCUGUGAUGGGCUUCAUCUUAACUGUGAUACUCUGCUUUGUUCGUGCCAACUACAAGACUAACCUCAAGAGAAAACUCAAACAGCGUGGUCCUAGACGACUUUGUGAGCAGACUCCAGCAGUGUCCAUGAUUUCUCUCCCAAGCCAUCAGCGUAUCUAUGAGUGGCAGGAAUCUAACCGAGCUCCUGCACUAGAUGCUAUGUCAUUCAGAAGCUACCCAACAAUGAGGUGAAAAUGUUCCCUCUCAGUGUGUGCUUUACCAAUGUUUUGAUUGCAUCUGAUAUGCUGCAUCUCAAAAAUGAUAGUUCAGAACUUGCUAAUGUAUUUGUUGCAAAGUGACCACGUAUGCUUUCGCUAAAGCGUGAUCUUGGGCCGCAUUGAAAACUAAGGCUGCACAUAGUUUCAAAAUAUGAUUUGUUGAGCAUAAUUUGGCUUUUUUUUUGCCUUCUCAAUGCCACAAAUUUAACAGUAGUGAAUGUUCUUGCACAUGUAUGCUUACAGAAAACUUUAUUAGAAAUUGUGCGCUGUGGUUGUUUGGUUUUUGUGCACCAGGAGCAGGUGAUGAUGCCAUGAUGAUCUUUAUUGGUUUAAUGCCAUUUUCUACUGUCAAACCUUUCUGUCUAUUGCAUGCAUCGCUGGCUCAGAUGUUCGGCAGUGUGCAUGUCAUCGCUUAAUGCCAAUACCUAAUACCUUUCCUCCAAGAGUGCAGUUAUAAGUAGCUUUACCUGGGCAUUUCACUUAGCUGUAACACAUAUUGUGCAUUGUCCGACCUGUAAUAAUUUAAUUCAACUAAGAAUCUUGUGGUUGUGCUUUUCUGUGUAAACAAGUUAAAGAUAAAUGUAGCAAAAAUACAGUCAGUGUCAUCAUGCUGAGCUUUUUUUUAUUGGAACUCAUAUAAAAACCCAGUACAUAAAAUGCAUUUAACUCUCACCAAAGGGAAAUUAUCAAGUGUUAUGGGGUAAAUUAAUUUUAUUGAACUUGGGCUAUAUUGGUGGAAAAAGAAAGGGCACCACAGUAGAGUGUUGUCUGCCCUGAGACAUUAUUCAUGGUAUUUUAAUUUAUCCCUUGGAAGGCAUACUUGGUGCCUACUUUAUAUGCAAACUACUUUGUUGUUAUUGGGACCAGUUUAGCACAAGUGAGAUUCGCUUGCAGCGCAUUAGUAGCAGUAUGAUGUCCUUUUGCUACAUUGAGAUGUUGUGAUACCACUGAUUGCAAUGUCUUAUAUUUACACCAUGUUCGCACUGACUAUAGAAAAAGCAAAGAAAGAGCACAGGAUCAAACACCAUUAUUUUGCUUCAGCAGGGUCGAUAUGUUCAGAGUGACACAUCAAUUGCAUCAUCACCAGUAGAGACGUGUAUAAAUGUGCUUCUGCUUAAAUUCCUACCUGAUGUAUAUUAAUCAAGUUAUACACAGAGAUGGCACAGUGUUAGCAGGUUUUGUAAAGUGUCAGGUAUUAGGGAGUGCUUGCCUUAUUAACCAAUACGAAAAAAUAUGCUGUGGCAAAACUUACCCAAAAUUGUAAAAAAAAAAUCUGUGCAAUGAGUAAUGCUCUGGCUGUUCCUAGAAGGGUGAACAGCCAAUUUUCAAGCAAAUGUUUUAUUUUAUUAGCAAUCAUAGCCUGCUGGCGUCUCUCAGCACACAGGCAGUAUGCCUAGUGUGCUGUAUAUGUUUGUUGAGCCCCAACUGUAGGAAAGUGACAUAUGCUCUCAUUUAUCUUGGUGAAUCGCAUUAUAAGACUUGAUAUUGUUCAAAAUUUAGUGCCAGAUACCACCAUGAAAUUUUAACUCACACGAGUGAGAAGUUUUGGCUAGAUGAACAUUUAUAUUUGUAUCCAUUAAUGAUGCGAUGAACACAGUGUCACAGUCGUGAGACAUGAAUGAUCUGUUUUGUGAACUGCACAGAGGCACUUUUGCCAGGCAAUCAUUGCUCGUUUUGUGGUGUAUGUGUGUGCACCUGUUGAGUUUUUCUUCUUGCGAAAUUCACUUGUGAUCAGCGCAAACCUAUCAUGCACACAAAUAUUGAUGCUGCAGAUUUCUGAGAAUGUGAUUUGAUAUGUAUCAGAACAUCUGUAAACAAUGCCAUAGAAUGGACUUUGAAAGAUGGUGUCAUAUUCUCAUUUAACACUUAGGCCAGCUUUUUCUCUUAUGCCUGAUGUUUUUAUACAAAAUAUAAAAGUAGCCAAAAGGCUUCAUGUUGAGCCUUACCACGUAGGUCAUGUCAACUUUACUGCUGUCAACUAUGUUGAGGGCUUGAGAAGUGUCAAAAGUUUCCCAAGUCAAUGGACUUCAAACUAAUGGUGUGAUUUAGCCAUUGCAUGUCAUUGGAGGCUACAGUGUUGCUGAGUGUUGUAUGUUUUACGCCAUAGUUUUGUUUGUGUUUCGGUAUGUUUGUGAAUUAUUUAUAUGGAAAUGUAGCUGUAAGAGGACCUGUCAUAAGGAGACUUUACUUGCUGUCCAUUGUGCAGGCCUGAUGGCUCUAAUGACCUUUGGUAACAUAGAGUCGUAAUACGAUUUUGAAAAUGACAGAAGCGUGUCGUCGGAUGUUCAUGAAAAAAAAAAAGAGUAAGAAAUACAAGCUAUCAAAGACAUUUGUGCUUUCAUACGAGUAUGACAACCUGUGAUCUGUUUUUUCUUCCUUUGCUUCUUUUUUCUUCUUCUUCUUCUUCUGUCCCACAUAGACAGGCCCACUUGCAUGACUGACCCCCCCCACCUCAUAUGCAAUGAACAGUAUUCAUGUUCCUAUUUUAACUGCUACCACUACUCAUGUUGACACCUUAGAAUUACAACUGAGCCCACAUACCGUAUAAAAAAUACUGCUGGCAAGGUAUAGACAACUGCCUUUUUAUUCUAGCUAGCCACCAUUAGCGGCAGUACUUUCACGCUAAUUAUUAACAGGUCUUAGGCCUUGCGGCACUGGGUUUGAUAGCUUUUUGACAGCUAAGCAUUCAUAUUGGAAGGAACCGCUUUCAGAAACUUCUUGUAGAUCUAACAUUACAGAACUAUUCUCUCUUUAUCGGAUUCAGUAUUAGGGGUCAAAUAUUGGAAUGUACUUAAAUGGCAUAUCACAGCUAAAUAUCUAACAUUUACUGUUUGGCCUAAUUUCAUACGAUGGAAGUUUGUCAGAUAUUUAUGAAGUUGUUUGCUUCAACGUUUGCUUCAACGUUUGCUUCAACGUCUUGUUUUACAUAAGCUGCUGCUUCUGUGAAAGCUAAGACUUCAAGGGUUUUGUACGCAAGUUCUGUAUUGUAUGUUUCUAUUUGUUGUGAAACUUCUUGGUAAUACAUCUCGAUUUCUUCAGAACCUUCUGCAUGAGUUCUGGCAUCAAAUUCUUUCUCCCCCCCUCCCCCCCUUUUUUUCUUUAAAUUUGGUCAUGUUGAAUGUGUCUAUUAAACCACUUUCCAUGCCACUAAACUUGGGUGCUGCAAAAAACUUUGCAAAUAAUUAGUUUAAGUUUAAAAUGCAAAAACUAGCUAAAAUCAGUAUUGUAGCUGACUAGUUUCAGUUGCGUAAAAUAGUAUGUCAAGCAGGUGGCCACCCAUUGCUUCAGUCAGGGCGGGGGGUGCCUGCGCAUUUGAUGGCAUAUUUUAUGGCGAAGCUGUUAAGGGGACCUAUGCUGUGGACGCUGUGGUCGACAUCAAAUGUAAACGCAACACAAUCUGUGUCGGAGCCCCAGAAUUGGUUUAAUACAUAAUGAUCAACAAUUAUAAAUUUAAAGUUACCUUAUGUAUAUCUCAUUAAAAUACACAAGAACUUACAUGCAUGGUUUUUUUCAUCACAGUAUUGCACUAGUUUCUGUGGAAAUUUGGUUUCUUUAUUUGCUAUUGCUGAGGAUCUCAUGAGCAGUAUUCUCUGCCAAAAAAUAAACUUAAUGUUAUCUUCCCUUUUCUUAACACUUAGCCAUAGAGCAAGAGUCAAGAUAAGAAACUACAUUUUGUGGCAUUACCAAGUAAUGUCUUAAAUACUCUGAGCAUGAGAACCUGUCUCACGUCAACAUCAUCUGGUAUAGAUGGUGCUGGCACAUCAUGAUCUUGUCUCUUGUGUUGCAUGCUACCAGUUACUAUGAUUUGUGCUUAAUGUUUUCUUGUACCUUUACUUUAUGUGACAUCAUUUGGUCACCCACUUGUGCUGGCACCAUUGGGGACAGUUUCUCCUCCUGCCUAUUCUUGCUCCACAUAAUGGACUAAUAUGAGUUACACAGAUUGUUCAAUAGAUUCAUGCGUCUCCAGUAUAAGUUUACACAGGUGUCAGUUUCAUGAACAUUUUUAUUGGAACUUGUGCAGUUUCAUCUUACGAGUAUGUAAUUAUGUAGCGCAAUGUUCUAAUAUGUACAGGACCCUGAUGUUGGUUGGGGCUUUUCUCAAAACAUAAAAUUUAAGUCAAACUUUGAGUGUCUCCUGUCAUAAUUGAGCCUCAGAACUGUACAUGAAUGAGAACAGUUGUUACUACCAAGCAUGAGCAACUGCCCUCUGUUGUAAACGCUUAGAAAUAUUUCCUGGUUGUGGUAGCUCCAUAUGUUGUGUCUCAUAUUUUAAUUUACAGCUUCGGUAUUCAAAUAUUAUGCAGCAUGCUGUUUCUAUGCUUCAUAUUCUGCUUGCUUCAUGAACUGGUUUGCAUGUGUGCUUGUGGUCCCGGAGGUACUGUGUGGAAAUAUAUGCAUUUGCACAAAGCCAUUGGCACUGUAUUUAAUGCUAAGGGCUACAAGCACAUUUAGAAUACUAUGCCAGCCUCUCUGAUUGUUAUAAAAUGAAGUUAGCUUUUUUUUGUGUGUGUGUGAACUUGGAAGUAAAACAGUGCAGACAGUUUGGACAUGCAUAUUUGUUUGCAUUGCAACUGAAUCUUGAGGAGAAAAUGAAAAUAUGGCAGGCCGAAACUCUGUGAAUGUCAGUUAUAGCUGAGAGCAUUCAGCCUUGAGUUGUUGCGAAUACAAGCAUGUAGCUUUGCAGACCUCGGAAGGUGGCUUUGCUGUUGUCAUUCACAUGUACAAAACUUGCCUUGAAGCAAGAAGUGAAGGGCCAACAUUAUUGGAAUAAAAUACGUUCCUGGCAAUUUACAGUGUAAUGGUGUCUACGGACCAGUUUUUCCUCAAGUAGUAAUUAUCAGUCUAGAAUUCUUCAGGGUAGCCCCUUUGCUUUCUCUGUUCUCAUAGUUGCUUAGUUCCGAAACCAGAAGAGAAAAAGUUUUCUUGUGUGUGCAUGUGGGCACAAAUGCAUGUUUGCUAGAAUUCUUUGGUUUUUUACAUAGUCACAGGCAUAGUGCUGUGGUUGGCUGUUGUUUCUGCCUCCUCUUCUUCAAAGGACCAUUCUGUCUUUGUGACUUAUUGCUUUUAUUCAUGCACAUUGUAAAUAUGUAAAAAGGGAUCUGUGCUUGUAUGUAUGACUUGUUUAUUAAUUACUUGCCAUCAGACAGUGUGUGCCUCCAACAGCAGUGCACAGCAGUGCCACACUGUAGAUGUCUUCACGUUACCUAAAAUGUGUGAUUCAGUAUUUAUUUUCUAAUAAUGCACAUCUCUUAUGCAGCUAUGUGUAAUGAGCAAUGUAUCUCAAUCAUAGCAAUGUGAUGCAAACAAGUGCCUUAACUGUAAUCAAAACAUACUCGACACUGAGCUCUUUGAGCUGCUUCACUAUGUGUAUGCUUUACAGACAUUGGUAGUGUAUGUAUUGUUAUGUGUACUAGUUUCAACUCCCAGUAUUUUUUUUCUGGUGUCUGCAUUCCUGGCAUCAUACCACUAUGUAUUAAUGUGACUGUAUAGUUAGCCAGGGUGAAUUCAGGAAUUAAAUGCUACAUUUUUCAUUUAUUAUGGCUGCAUUAGUUUGUUAGUACUACGUGUUAUCAAUGCUUGAGCUUUUGUAUGUGCCACAAAUACAUUUCAAUACUCUUUUUCGUUCUUGAAAUCGUAAAGACAACAUUUUUUUGUGUUGCAGUGAUGUAAUUUGUUGUGUUGUGCACACUUCUCACGGAACUCUGAAUAAAACACAGCACUGAUUACUGCUUGUUA